AUGCCACGAUUAAUGAAUAAAGGAGAAGUCAAAUCUGUACGAAAAAAGGAAAAAGUAUUACUGAAUCUUUUAGACUUACAGUUGGGUUCACUCGCAGCUAUUAUACCUGAUUAUACAGUAGUACUUGGCAGCCUCAUUUUACCCAGACUUUGGGGUGAAAAAGACAAGAUGUCGCGAUCGCUCUCCGGCGGCUGGCUGCUGCUAUGGCUGCUCCUGGUCGAACAAGCAGGCCGCUCGCUGGCAGCCGCACCAGUUUUCGAUCCGGCAACCAGAAUGCGGACAGUUCUUGUACCUUCGGACACAGCGGUCGGCACUGUCAUUUAUCGUUUGAGGGCAUCAGAUGACGAAUUUGAUUAUCCACUUCACUUCGAACUCUUAGAAGGAGCAUCAUCCUCCGCAUUCUCGGUGGAUUCGCUGCCUUGUACGCGUUAUAACUCCGUCUGUCAGGCGAAUGUCGUGCUCAGGCGGAGGCUGGAACGCGGAAGAUAUUACGAUUUUCGGGUGCGAGUGGCCGAUACUGCGGGCGAUUCAACCACUUUGGAUUGCGCUGUGAGCGCGACCAAUGGCACGACGCCGAUACAGGACACGUUUCCGAAAGCUCCGGGUCUUAUCAUGGUGCCAGAGGAUGCAAAACGAGGAACGGAAUUAGAAUUCAUAAUAGAGAAAAAUCCUCUUUCGCAAAAACCAGUGUACUUGGAACUAUGGGGAUCUCCGCUCUUCGCAAUCAGACAAAGGCUCACGACACCAGACACGACCGAAGGAGUGAUUUUUCUGCUCGGCCCACUGGAUUUCGAAACCCAGAGCAUGCAUCAUCUCACCAUAUUGGCUAAUUUGGGACCUACAACAAACUUGUCGGCUAUAAGCAACGUAAAAAUCUUUUUAAAUGAUGUCAACGACAAUCCGCCGGUUUUGCAACCCGAAUAUCGUGCGGAUCUUGCGGAAAAUGCUACUGCUGGUACCAGAGUCAUUCAGGUGCAGGCUAAAGAUGAAGAUACUGGUCCUGGAGGAAGAUUAAGAUAUACUAGAAUAUUGGGGUAUCGAAAUACAUCAUUAAAAUUAGAUUCUGAAACUGGAUGGAUUACUGUAGCGACUAACAAUCACGGAUUUGAUAGUGAGGAAAUGCCAGAAUAUAGUUUUCUUGUGGAAGCCAGAGAUGCUGAUGGAGAAGGUAAUGCUGCUACAACUUCUCUGGUUCUAUCAAUAACUGAUGUGAACGACAAUGCGCCUCAUUUUGAACGAGAUGUUUAUGAAUUUAUGCUGUCAUCUGGGCUAAAUAAUUUUACGGUUCCAGCCUUUCUACAUGCCACUGAUGCAGAUGCCACCAGCCCAAAUAAUCAAGUCAGAUACGAAAUCGUACAUGGAAAUUAUGAUGAAAAAUUUCGUUUGGAUGAAAUUACUGGCGAGUUAACAGUAAAUAACAUAAAAACAUCUCGUGAUACAUCCAAUAAGCAAGGAAAUGGCCUGAAACCUGAGGUUUACGCUAUGACUGUGCGCGCCUACGACUUAGGAGUUCCUCACAUGGCAGCAACAACCUCAGUUCGUGUUUAUCCUCCUGAAAGCAGAGCACGGUCGCUCAUGUUUGUGGUUCCUGGUUCGAAGCCUGAUCUGAAAGCCACCGCCGACACGAUAAGAGCUCUGACAGGGGCUGCUGUUACGAUCGAGGACGUCAGGCCGCAUGAUACCGACCCGGACAAGAGUAUUGUUCUGGCCAGUCUUCAUUAUACUUCAAAUUCUGUAGUGGAUGUUGAUCAAAUUCAAAGACGACUUAGCGGCAAUUAUUCCGCAGCGGCUAUAGCAACCGAACAAACAACAGCACAGAUCUAUCGAGGCGAUAGCAGUAAUCUAUUGUUUUGGUUAUUGAUAUUUCUGGCACUUGCAAUAGCUUGCGCAAUUUUGGCUUUGAUACUUUGCUGCAUUUGUGCAGGUUGUCCUCUCUAUAUGCCGCCCAGGAAGCGCGUUGUAGCUACCGAAGAUGGUGUUCGUCUAGUACACAGAUCAGCCACCGAGAAAACAGCUCUCAAAGGCGGAGUUCUUCCACAGACUGUUGAAUGGACCCGAGCUCGUGAAGCCUGGAGUGCAGAAGCUGAACCACGAACAAGACCGACUCAUUGGCAAUUCAACAGGCGAAAUAAUAAUCAACAAUCGCAAAGGUACCGCGAUGAUCGUGAUGACGCUUCAGUUACCAGAGAAGAAUAUAUUCCAGGACCCGGAAGACUAACUGCACCUGAGAGAGGACCAGAUGGUGCUCUCAGAUUGAGGGAUGGUCCCAACGUCAUAUACACCCGUGAUGUUCAGUUGCGUCGAUCAGAGCGCGAUUUAGACCAACUCGAUCGCCUGGAAAGAUUAGAUAGAGAACGUCUGAUUACUAUGGCUCAGACUGAUGACCGACGCGAUCAAAGAUUUAUAAGAGAAGGUGAUGCCGAAAUUCUUCAGUUGAUGACAAGGGGUGGAAGGGAGGAUGCAUUAAGUGGGCAAUACGUAUUAGUUGACGGGGGAAAAAGAAUUGCUGAUGAGAAGUUAGCAUGA